AUGGCAGGGAGUUGCGCGGUCAAUGAGAAUCCGUGUGAAGAGUUUGGCCGGGAUGAAGAGGAGGGUGAUUUCUCGGUUGUUGUCGCACACAAGAUUAUCACUCUUCCUCUUCCAGAAAGGAAGGAUGACAUCGGAUCGCCACUCACCCGGACGUUCCUUCAUCACCCACGCUUGGUUGAUGACCAACAGCCAGUCGACCAUGUAGUCCCCACCUCUCUUGAAUUCGGCGUCAGUGGUGGCGGUGGCGGCGUUGAAGUGAUCACGGUUGGGCGGAGGAGGUUGGCGACAGCGCGAAAGGUUAGGCAUGUACCUUACGACUCUUUGGCCGGCAGCACCUUUUCGUUUCGCAAGCUCGUUGUCCUAGUAGAGCUUGCGGUCAACCUGGGUAGAGAUGUUCUGUGCAAUGUUCCGUCUGCGAUACUGGGAUAUGUCGAGGGUGAGACGAGCGGCAGAACAACACUCUAUAAUGCAGUGGGCCUCGUCGGAGAUCCAGGGAUGCCGGGACCCGGGUACAUGCCUUCGCUCUUUCUCUUGCCUCUCUUAGCCUUCGCUCCUUCUCUUGCCUCUCUUAGCUUUCGCUUGCCUCUCUUAGCCUUCGCUCCUUCUCUUGCCUCUCUUAGCCUUCGCUCUUUCUCUUGCCUCUCCGUUAAAUUCCUUUCUGUUUUUUCUUUUCGUUGUCGUGAUUCUCAUCGUUCACUCUUUCUCCUCCUUGUACUUCUUUUACCCGUCCUUGUCACUAUACCUCUUUUUUUUCGUCCUCUUCUUCCAUACUUUAUUUUCUUUUUUAUUCUCUCUUGCUUACCAGUGUUUAUACUGUGCCGUUUUCCCCUCGAUUCUUGCCUAACUCUCAUAUACGUUCAUCACGUUAAUAUGAAACCUUAUCUCUUAACGAUGUUAUUGUAUCAGCGUUAUUGCUUUCUUUCUUUCUUCAUGGCGACCCCUCCCUUUCAUCUGGCUUUCUUUCAUUUCACAUGA